GACACGGGACGGAGCGCUCAUGUCGGCUCAGGGCACGGUGUGGGGUCGUGUGCGAGCCCGCCUCCGCACCUUCCCCGAGCGCCUGGCGGCCUGCGGGGCCGAGGCCGCGGCGUACGGCAGGUGCGUGCAGGCCUCCACGGCCGCGGGCGGCAGCCUGACGAAGGACCUCUGCGCCCAGGAGUUCGCGGCCCUGCGGAGCUGCUUCGCCGCGGCUAAGAAGACCACGAAGGGCUGCUAGCAGCGACCCGCCCUGCCUCCAGCCGCUAGACUCCGUCGGUUUGGGCCUACCUGCCCCCACCGCAGAACCAGGCCAUGUCCCGCUGAGGGCGGGCGCCACGUGGUGGCCAUCGACACGGGGUCAGAAAUUGGAGCAAGUGGACCCAGGUUCCCAGAUGUGUGUCCAGGCAGCCUUCCCAGCGCUUUGUGCACAGGCCCUGAGAUAGAAUAAAAUGUACUUGAGCCGGCCAUCA